UUUCGAGAAACGAAAGAUCGCAAAAUGAUGAAUCUGAAAGAAGGCAUAUAUAUGAUCUACAAUUUAUUUCUAUCAAUCGGUAUGACGAUUAUUUAUGUUACUGAGACCAUAAUGUUAACGCUAAUUCCUCAUCGAUAUCGAGAGAAGUCAAUCAAAAAUGAAAUUGCUCUCGUUACGGGUGGUGCGAGUGGAAUUGGUAAAUUAAUCGCAAUUAAACUUGCCAAACUUGGUGCGAACGUAAUUGUCUGGGAUAUCAACAAAAAUGGUCUUAUAGAAAUUGCGGAAGAAAUAAGGAAAAUCGGUGGAAAAUGUUAUACAUAUUAUUGCGAUAUCGCUAACAAAGAAGAAGUAUAUCGUAUUGCGAAAGUAGUACAAAUCGAAGUCGGACAUGUAAGUAUAUUAGUGAAUAACGCAGGAUAUGUCUAUGGAAGAACUUUUAUGGAAUUGCCAGAUUGCGAAAUUGAACGAACAUUUAAAGUAAAUAUUCUAUCGCAUUAUUGGAUUACAAAAUCAUUUUUGAAAGACAUGAUGAAAAAUAAUCACGGUCAUAUAGUAACAAUAGCAAGUGUCACCGGAUUUGUAGGAACUUAUAAAUGCACGGAUUAUUCUGCGACAAAAUUCGCAGCCAUUGGAUGCCACGAAAGUCUUUUUAACGAGCUAAAAGUGCAUGGAUACGAUGGAAUUCACAUGACUUUGGUUUGUCCUUAUCUCAUAAAUACGGGAAUGUUCAAUGGAGUAAAAUCAGUUAGUAGAUUUAUGCCGAUACUUGAACCAGAAUAUGUUGCUGAACGAGUGAUUGCAGGUAUAUUAACGAAUGAGAUGUUCAUAGUGUUACCUAACAUCAUAAAAUAUUUAUUGCCAUUUAAAUAUUUAUUACCAGUUAAAAUGAACUGGGCAUUAAUAUAUCACAUUGUAAAAGGACCACAAAUUAUGAUGACAUUCAAAGGUCGGGAAUCAAGGAAGACCUCAAGUGAUGAUAGUAUAACAAAUUAUAAAUAUAUAUGCGAGCAGUAAAGUUACACAAAACUAAAA